CCAUGGUAGAUUUCUAGUGAUUUUUUUUCCAUUAAAAAACAACUUAUGUAACUAACUUAUGUUAUCUCUGUGAUUCAGAGAUCUGUGUACAGGGCCUAAUCAAUCCAUGACUGUAAUACACAUACAGGCUCCCAGGGACCCAGUAAUGAACUCUGGCAUUGAUUGAGGAGGAAGAUUCUUUUAACAGUAUUCCUUGGUGAGCUGUUAAAAUACAACAGUUUCCAGUACUGCAGUAUGCUUAAGUAUACACAUUUAUACCCAUUUCCCACCCUGCACUAAGGAUAUUCCAACACAUACACUGUUCAGCCUUGCUUGUGUAGUUAGCAAAGGAAUCCUUGACCUCUCAGCUUACGAGAAAGAGUAUCUGGCAACACUGAAAUUACCUGGAAACUACAAGUAACAGCCUUUAUUCUUCUGGUUUGAUAACAUAAACGUCAGUAUUGGCUAGUUGAGUUUUGUUUUGCAUCCGGUUUUGGGCGAAACUCGGAGCCGUGGAGCUCUGAAACUCUUUUACACUUAAGUACCCUGUUUGCAGCAUGUAAUAGCUGUUGUCUUGAUUUCCCGGGAGGAGGCAGCUGGAAGGAAGUUGGCUUCUUCUGCUGUCUCUCUUACUCUGUCCUCCCAAGUGCCCGUGAUCUCAAUUCAGCACUCUCCUGUAAUUUUCCUUACGUUGCGCAUGUUGCUUCUCUGCCAUCGUUCCAACAACGCCACUUGUCUACCUCGCUGCUGCCGUUCCGCUGCCGUGGCUCCGUUCCUGGGAUCCCGCCGCCCCUCCCAGCCUGGUGCGAGCGAACGCGGAGUUUUCCCCCAGAGCGGGGCGGGCUUGCUGGGCUCCGCAGCGCGGCUGGAUGCUGAGGGCCUUGCGGCCUCUCCCUCCGCCGCGUCGGCUCCUCCCAUGCGAGCACACGGGGCGGAGCUGCGCUUGCUGCAGGAACCUGUGCUUUAAGAGCCACCUCCCGCCGCUGCUCAGCCCUGAGCCGUGCCCGUUGCCGCCAUGGUCUCCUGGAUAAUCUCCCGCCUCGUGGUGUGAGUGCGUGUGGCCGGGGCGCGGGGAGGUGUGGGCCGCUGGCGGGGCCCUUCCUUGGUGGUCCCUUGAGGGCCGCGGCCCAGAGCGGGGCUCUGGCGGUGGUGUCAGUGCUGGCCCGCGGGACCCCACGCCCGGGAAGGGGCGGCUGGGGGGCAGUCGCCCUCGCGGGUGGCUGCGGCCGCAGACGGGCGGGUUCGCGCGGGCUGCUGCGGCCCACGGGCGGUGCCGCGGUGAGGGCGGCUGAGCCCCGCCCGGAGAUCGGCAUCACGCCGGCACCGGCAUGCCAGGGGGAGUGCCCGCCCCUGCGGCCGGGGACGGUGCAGGGCGUCGCGAGGCGCUGAGGGGUCUGUUCUUCUCGCAGGCUGAUCUUCGGCACCCUUUACCCCGCGUACUCCUCCUACAAGGCCGUGAAGACGAAAAACGUAAAGGAAUAUCCUUUUCCAGAUGUUUCAUGAAGAUGAGCAGCACAGAUCUCAGCAGAUUCCUGUGGGAUUCCACUGGUGAAGUGGAUGAUGUACUGGAUUGUAUUUGCCUUUUUCACCACUGCAGAAACACUCACAGACAUUGUUCUUUCUUGGAAAUUGAUGAAUACAUUACUCAGGCUUGUGACAAGAGCUACGAAACCAUGAUGCGAGUUGGCAAGAGAGGGUUAAACCUUGCUGCCAAUGCAGCGGUUACUGCAGCUGCAAAGGGCCAGGGAGUUUUGUCUGAGAAGCUUCGAAGUUUCAGCAUGCAGGAUCUCACUCUCAUCCGAGAUGAAGAUACUGUGCAUAUGCGAAGCCAUGAUCCACAGCUGCACCCCUCUGGUUCAAGUCUUCUGGAAACUAUUGAAGACUCAGCUUCGUGUUACUCCUCAGGAGAGGAGAGCAGUGUGGCGCAUCGGUCUAAUGGAACCCCGUCAGAUACUAGAACAGACCCAUCAGAUGAAGAUGCAGGAGACAAACUUCCUAAACGUACCCAGAGUCUCAAAACUUCUAAAAAGCUUCCAGUGAGAAGUGUAAAAGCCCGCCCUAAGAAGAAAGCUGCUGGCUCUCUUGCUUCUGGCGAGUCAUCCUAAGGCGACCUGCCCCCCCCUCCAGCACCUGUCUCUGUCCUGGGAUUUGCCUUUCGCUUUUUAUGGGGAAACUCUCCAAAGGAAGGGAGCUGAGAUUCUUGUACAUAACUGAUACUGCUUUACAGAGCUCAUUCCAAGGCAAGGGGGAGGCUGGGAUUCAGAAAGCAGAGAAGAGGAUACAAAUCCUCAGGAAUUUUCUCCUUUUCAUCUCUCUGUUGGAGGGAAUGCUGAUAUGUCUGUACAUAGCCAGUUGCUUUGGAAUUCCCACUGUAUAACUCUAGUUGAGAAUCUUUGCUGGAAAAACUGACUAGGGUUAGAGACAUCCAUUGCACAGAAGCUGGAAAAAUACUAGACACUGGAGUUCCAUAGGGUGGGUGGCUCUCAAAAAUGUCUUCUCUUGCUCUGGGUAUUCUCCUGCAGCUGUGUGUUGUUAAGAAGUGCCCAUCAUGAGUCAUAUUCCUUAAGAAUGGACCAUACCUGAUAUGUCCAUUGCCUUUGAGAAAGUGACUGAAGUGAUAUAUACUGAGUGCUUUUGAACAUAAAGGACUGGCUCAUGGGAGGUAUAUGCUAGAUUCCCACUACUCAUACUGGAAGACUAAGAGAUUUGGUUUAAUUUUAUUUUUUCUGGAAGGUGAUAAUUUUUUCCAGAAGGGAGAUAAUUGGAAAAACUGAUACAGGAAAUGUGCUAUUACAUGCACAUAAUAUGAUGGAUUAGGUAGGAGUUACUGUUGAGAAGGAAAGUGUGACAUCUCUAAGAUUUUGGCUCUUUUUUAAACUGCUUGAGUUUUAUUUCGAGUUCUAAUGCUCACUUUGACUCCUCUGAGAGCAUCAGAAUGAGGCGAGUCUCAUGCAGUUCCAUGGCAAGCAUACUCGCUUUGCCAUUUAGUGGUUGAACUCAUGUCGUUGUGUUGCUUGUUACUUCAGACAAAUUCUUUUAUUCUAGCAAAUGUCUGGGGAAAAUCUGUCUCAAAAUAGUCUGCGAACAUACUUCAGAAUUUCAGAAGCCCUCACCUCUCAGCUUUAGGAGAAUCAAUCCUCAGGACGUAAGAACUGAAACAGUUGAUUUAUUAACGGUCGAGUUCCUCUAAUUUCAGGAUUUCGUUUAUGGGGGAUAAAAAGCAGGCACUAGGGCACAAUACUGGUGAAUACUGAUUAAUCUGUCCUCUUGCUUUAUCCUGCUGCAGCCCUUGCACAGAUUCUCUGUCUGAUAUGUGCCGUGCUCAUCAGUGUCCUGAGACUCGAGCAAUACUUAACGCUUGGGACAAAAAACUACGAGGAAUGUAGAAUAUGUACUGUGGGAGGGAAAUUGUAGUGCUAGAGAGAAAAUGUGCGUAAUGACAAGCCAUACUAGACUCUUGAAUGCUGUUAAGGGGAGGACCCCUGUACACAUGCCGGCUGAGCCUAUGAAAAUGUAAGAGUAGGGUUCUUGUUAUCAAGAUCUAUAAUGAAGGUGCACCAUUUUAGACAUGGAUAUCUGAAUGAAUACUUGAUGGUCUUAAUUUUCACUGAAAUUAGUUAUCAAAGGAGCCUGGCUCCUACGUGCAGGUGUUUGCAUCCCAUGCUUUUGUUGUCACAUUUCUGAAAUUACAGUGAAUUUUUCACAGAGCCCAGUAUUUUGCUGUUGACAAGGUAUAGAAGCACUUCUGCAGCUAAUGCUCCACAAAUAUUUCUGUCCUAGAGAAUAGCCUUUCAAAAGUUUAUAAAGUUGAAGAUUAGGACUGAAUUUUUUUCUUGUUUUCCAUUGUCUUGGUGGCAAAUUGUUUGCUGUUGAAUUCACCAGUUAUUUCAGGAAGCCAAUUAAGUUGAGUUUACUAUUUUUUGCAGCUUUAAAAAAUUUAAACUUUACAGUCCAUGUUAGAAACUUGCCUCCUGUCAGAAGUAUUUGUCCUAAAUUAUCCACAAGGCCUUAUCCAGAAGCCAGUCGAAAAUGCUUGAUUUGGCUCUGCAUUUCAUAAAAAAACCCACAAUUAUUUUGUUCUUUUUAAGUUUAUUAGCAAACUUCAUAUUCAUGUCUUACUAGCACAUGCAAAUGCAUGUCCUGAAGCAGGAAUACUUGCUGUUUCCAAAGGAAAUUCCUCUCUCCAGACGACAGAUAAAAUCUUCCAUGGUUAUGUGGAAGAUCCAGUUGUGAGAUAUUGCUGUCCUAGACUUUACUGUACUGAGCAAGAGAGAACCAUUGUUCUCUAUGUACCAAGUAUGUCUAUGACCACGUUUCUUGAUUUUUUUUUCAAAAUUAAAAUUGUGCAUAGCAAAUUAUUUAUGUAAAUCAUUGUGAGGGACUUGAUUUGGAAGCCAAGUCUCCCCUUGUGCUGUUCUUCUUGCCCUUUCCUUGGGCAUGCACUGUGAUAGUCUACGAUUACUGGGUUUCCACAGAGCAACUUUCCAGAAUCUUCUCUAGAAUUCAUUUAUUUGUAAUGGCUUUUCUGCUUUGAACCACAGGAAGAAUUUCUGAAGAUUCAGUUCUGGUAUUUGGAUUUGUCUUUGUCUUCCUGAGCUGGGGCCUGUGCUAAGUAGCGUUUACUUAGCAUUGGUGCUUGAUGUCGUUAGCUUGUGGGUAAAUACGGGUCAGUUUUACUCUGAGUUUUCUUUAUACAGGGGAAUUGGCUUUUUGUUUGCAAGAGGGAGUCUACAGUAGAGUCAGGGACUAUCUAGUGUGUGAUAUGAAGCUGAUGAUGUCAAGCAGCAGAAUUUACCCAGAGCAAGACCAGUGUCUUAGCAUGGAUACUGUUUUCUUCUUGUAGUACAAGUGUGACUGCUAGAUUGUGCUUUGCUUGAUCAAGCCACUGCAGGUCUACCACCACCCACGUGACCUCUUAGUGAGCUUCUAGAUCUAGUUGUGCAUUGGAUACACUGUCUUGUAUAGAAUUUCUCUUGUUAAUGAGAGCGCUGAAUGUGCUGUUUUGAUAAAAUGCUUUUAUCAGCUGCUGUUCGGUGUUUUCAGCAGGAAAUGCUGGAAUGUAGUUUCUCUUCAGUAUCAUCUGUGGGCUUCAUCAUGCAAUUAAGCAAAUGGUUAAAUCUUCACCUAGCAGUAGAACCCUGUUGUGUUUGGUAAAUGUUUAGAGCCUUUUCCUAAUCUGCCUGGCCAUAGAGAGAAGUGCAGUAACAGAAAAUGAUACUUGAAGGUGGGGGCUAAAGAGGGUGGUAUGUGUAUGUCAAACUUCGUGUGUCUAAAGGUUAUCCUAAAAUACCUGUACCAUGACAUACAAAGUUGAAGCCAUGACUGCCUUUGGAAAAGAAAGGUUUUACUUUCAUGCUUUGUAGUAGGAUGAGUCAGUGUUCUGCUGUUGGAAAAGAAAAUACCGAAAUGGGGUUUCCUGUGUAAGAAGCUUAAUGAUUUGUUGCAUAAAAGGGAAAGUGUUUUCUUGUUUGGCAGUAAUCCUCCAUGGUGGGUAAGAAAUAUGAAAAUACAGGGGAGACAACUGUCAGGUUUUAAACCUUUACCGAAACAUCAUUGUUACCUACUUUUUUAAAGUGGAGUUUGUGAUUCUCCAGCUUUACAUUUCUGGGACUGAUUUCCUUUAGACUAGAAUGAUUUCCUUGGUAUGUAGAGCAUAUAUAUAGAGAGGGGUGCUGGUGUUCUUAAAAUUGCAAAGCUUGUUCUGGGGAAGUUGCACCUUCCCUCAUUUUAGUGAAUUGAUUUCCACUCAUUGUGCUUUUGCAGUGCUGGGCUUUUUUUUUAUGCGUCACUCUUGGAAGUAUGACUCCUUCACAAUAUACUUCCUUGGAAAACAAGAGAACCACAGCUUUCCAGAAAUGGUUAUUUAUUCUGUGCCAUCUUAAUCAGCCGGAAAUUUAGUGCCUUAGGAGAAAAGUAAGAUAUCUGUGGAGAACUGUGCUGGUUCUCUGGUCCAUACAGAGCAUUGUAUCAAGGAGGCUCACAAGUUAACUGUGAAGUGUCAUUGUGUGUUUGAGAGCAGCUGUUGAAUUGAGCUCUUUCCUUUCUGUCUUCCAAAGUUGCAUAUAGUGCUGGAAAGUGUGGAUUGCUCCCUAAGAGAGAAAUCUGGGGAAAAAAGUUGUAUUCUAAUGGGGACACUGUAUUGUCACAUUACUGCUUGCUGGGCAGAUGCUGAAUGACAUCUCUAUGUAACUGGUCUGUACUAUAGCUUUUCUUGCUUUAGCCACUAGGAAUUUGUAAUGUGCUAUCUGGCUGAAGCAUCUUAAGGUGCUGCUUUGUGACUUGUCUUGUGAAGUCAGAGAUGUGAAAAACCAGGAAAGCACUGCAAAGUUACAUGAGCUUGUAGAACCAUAGAGGUGUCAGAGUCGGAAGGGGCCUCUGGGGGUCAUCCGGUUCAACCUCGCAACUCAGAGCCACCCGCUGCCAGUUCCUGUGUGCUAUUUCUGGUCUGGAAUCUGCUGAGUUUAAUGUUUAAGAGCUGAUAAUAUGUGCAGAAAUGUGUAUGCUGUAUGGGAAUGCAUUUUAGUGUUACCGAGGAGAAAUGUUUCCUGGUCACUUUUCAUCUGGAAUUUGGCUCUGUUGCAAGACACUAUAAACAUAACUCCAUUCUUAUGUUCCUUAUAGGUAUUGUUAAAAAGCCUAGAGGUCUCAAAAAAGAUCUUGAGGUAUGCAGAAUAAAUUGUGAAAACAGUUGGUUUUAAUAGUAAAUGGAGACAAUGACUGCAUAGCAGCUAAGAACCUUUCCUGCGAGAUAGAUUGAUAGAUAGCAUUAGAGUAGAAAAUGAGCUGUCUAUGUUACAGAGUUGUCCAGUAAAUACUGCUAACUUUCUGAGCCUCAAGCAACACUUAAACUGUGCAUUCUACAGAUGAGAGCUUGAUUUCUUUUUUGAGCCUGAUUUUUUGCUUGGAAUCAGUCUCUGUCUGUCUCCCUCCCUCUUUCCCCCUUUGCUUUCCCCUGCCUCGCCAUCCCUUUCAAACUGAGUUUGAGCUACAUACAUUAAGAUUCUUCAAACUUUCAUCCCUUCAGAGCAAUAAAAUUUUACUUUUACUUCAGCAGGCAGCUGAUCUGCAGGGAGGACCAGAUGAAUAUCAAGCAUCUCUCGUCACUUUCGUAGAUGUGUUACACUGGAGAAGCAGUAGCAGGAAGCUUCAGAGGAUACAUUUGCCUGGGAAAUUCUACCCUCUGUCCCCUGCCAAAGCCUGCAUUUUUGGGUGAACCAAAUGCUGGACUUAGCUAUGCUCAUAUACACAGUUAUUUGUAGAAUCCCACAAUUCAAUGUCAGAAUUUCUAGUGCUCUAUUUCUGAUGAUAAUAGGAAUUAAAAUAAUACUAAGUGAAAAGAAACAGUUGCAAAUUGGUGUUUUUUUUUUUUUUGCAACUUUGCAGGUAACUUUAGGUCAUUGCUAUUUAUAUGCCUAAAAUCUUUGCCUGAAGCCCCUUGCAAGCUAUCUGUUACUUUCUUGCUCUCUUGCAGAGCUCCUGUUCUUCUGUGAAUUGGCUAUGUUUUUUAUAUUUACUCUUAUUAAGCAAGGGCUGGCUUCUAUUUUACUGGCUGUGGAGAUUGGAAAUAUACUGUAUUAGAGCUGUAAUUUAGCCUUUUUUUGUUAUUUAAACCUAUGACCUAGAUUGAUACAUGUAACUGGUACAACAAGGCCCAAGGCUAGAUUCCCAGGUGGAAUGUAUCUAUUGCAAAUAACAUAGUUUGACAUAUUUCCCUUUUCUUGCAGUGGAUUCUGGCUGAAAUGUGCUUACUGCAGACCCUUUGGACCAAGAGCAUUCUGUCAGCCUUUAACCAGAUCAUGUUAGAGGUAGCAUUUAUGGGAAUAAUGCAAAAAUAAGUGAACAUUAAAGGAGCAAAAGCUCAAGUCUUCUGUAAUAUAUGACUGUCUGAGACUAUGUAAAACACUAAAGCAUUUCUGGCCACAGUGGAAAUGCAUUGCUAUACUGACUUACAAAGGUAGGGCAUUCAGUCAUGGUCUUUGUAGCAGGUUUGAGAGGAAAGUUAGUCUGGAUGGCAAGCAUAUAAAGUUUUACAUACCAAGGAAUUAAGUUUUUAUCACAAGUAAUGCUUAGUAACUUACCAAAAAGAAAGAAGUAAAAAAAUUGACUAAAAUUAUAAAAUUAAGAGAAAUUUUCCUGAUUGUCAAACCUAGUAUUGAAUAUAAACUUUCUCUGUUUGUGUUGCUGCCUUAUUUGGGAAAGCACUGCAUUAAUUAAUUCAUCAUUUCUGACUCCUCUCUUAGAUUAUUUCUGAAAUUAAUCUCAAAUUAGAGAUGCUUGGGUUUGACUCAGCAUUUUAACAUCCUCAAGUCCCUGUUAGCACAGUGUUGAUCUAAAGGCAGUACGGCACUAGGAGGGUUGUGAAUUACUUUUUGUCCACUAGAGGGUAUAAGCAUAACAUAAAACCACUGAACAUGAGAGAGCAGAGACAUGUCUCGUAACAGUUCAAUUAUGGCAGCUGAACAGCAAUAUUUCCUAGAUAUGAGUGAAGGUCCUCCUUGGGAGUGAGGGGGAAAACAAGCUGGGGCUCUAAUGCAGAAAUAUUUCAUGAAAUAAUACUGCUAUUAACCUCUGACUGAAAAGGCUGUUCUGGGCAUUCUUAUUGAGCCACUAUCCAGUAAGGCUUGCUGAGACAAUAGCGUUACAGAAUAACUGAACUCACUUUUUAAUUUUUGGUGUAUAUUGAAACCAUUUUCUAGCUGUAGGAAGCAGCUCUGAAAAUGGCAAUGUUUGUGAUUCCCCCGCUCCCCGCAGCCCUCUUCCCCCCGCCAGCUUUUGCAAUUAACUGAUUGCUGUGUGUUGCUCUACUUUAUACUCUGAAUUUUAGUAGCAUUUCCUGGUAAGGAUGAGUAUUUUCUUUCAGUUGGGUCUGUUUUCUCUGAAAAGAGAAGCAAUUUUAAUCUAAAAAUACAGAUGUAUCUAAUGUUACUAUGGUAAUUUGUGACCAUGGCAACAGAGAGUUAGCAUUCUGAAGAACAGACACAGAUUUGGUUGGUUUUUUGGUUGGUUGUUUUUUUGUUUGUUUUGUUGUUUUUUUGGGUUUUUUUUUAAGUCAAUUAAUGGUGCACGCAUUUCACAAAAUAAACUUGACUUUUCAUAUUUGUUAACCAUACAGGAUAAUAUGAGUCCAUGGGAUUUUGACAUUCUUACAUGGAAAAGCUGAUGUUAGAACAUAAUGUAACAGUAUGAGAUUCUUUCCAAUGCUGAGAAUUUCUUUUAUUUGCAACAGCAUAGAUGGAGACUUGCAGACUGAAGGAGGAUCCAGGACAUAGCAGGAGGUUUCUGUAGGAAAGAGAAACAGAAUCUAGAAUAGUCCUGGGGAUUCUUCAGUGUCAGACAUCGGGGGAAAAACAUGAAGAAUAAAAUAUAUUCAAUAUGUUUCUAUUUUCCCAUCAUAUGAUCAGCCUUAGGUAAACCAACACAGUGCUUUUGGGCAGGGCUAAAUUUCAAGUACAAGUUAUGAAUUGCCCUGACAUGCCCCAUCCCAAGAGCAUGUAGCGCAUUCUACGAAACAUUUAGUAGUGAUUUAAAGAGUUAUAAGAAAUUAACCUAUUAUUGAGGGAGGUAGGAAUGGGCUUUUGUGGCUAAGCCUUGUAUGUAGUGUAUUUAUCUCUGCCUGUAUAGAGCUAACAUAAAGGCUCUCUACUGUCAACACUCAGUGUUGGUUUUAUAGGAAGUGUGCUGAUGUAAGUUUAGCCAAAACUAAAGCACAGAUUUUUUUUCCAACCUUUUCCUUUUUCCUAGGUUCUGUUGGGGAAUCUAGCAACUGAAUGGAAAUUAUAGCAUUGUUGCUAUCGCUUGCUUAUUUGGGGCGAUGAAUAUAUUGAAUUAAAUACAAUUAAGCAGCAUUUAAUAGUUUAAUUUUUGUAAAAUUAAUUUUGUAAACAGCUGUUGUGACCAUUCUGUAUUUACUACAAGAAUAUGGUAACUGAUGCCUGGAGCCAUUGUAGUGCAGGAAGGCUCCUACCUCCAAAAAGGGAAAGCAGAGAAAAGGCCAACGCAAACUGAAUUAGUUCAGCUAGUGCAGUCUCCUGUCUCUGAUACUGCUCAGUUUAUUUGAUGAUCAGAGGGUAGUUUGGAAUUAAACACACAUUGGAAAAUGCCUCGUUACGACACUGUCACCUUUUUACCCAUGUGCUGAAGCACCAUGGUGUUAAAUGACUGAGUUAAUAGAGUUUUCCUAAGAGGAGGAGUUGUUGAAAAUCCAUCACUAAUUUUUGUAGUCAUUAAGUCUGGUCACUUGCUGCAGUAUAAUGACUUAAAUGUACAAAACCUAAGUCUUGCGUUGUGCUUUCUUUAAUACCCAGACUCUUCUUAGGUAUCUUGUAACAGUCUCUUUUGAAGUGCCUAUUUUAAAGGGCCCAUUGCUUAUGUUCCAUUUCUAUCCAGAGUAUAAUACAAAAGGUUUUAUCAGCGCAGAUGUGCUCUUGUUCCGCAGGGUGGCAACUAGUCCUUAUUUCUCUUCUCAAUUAUUUUGACAUUUCCACUAGAAGUGGCUUUGCUGGCUAAGUUCCCUUCUGGUGUAUCAGGGUCAUACACAUGGAAAGACAGCCCUUCUGUUCGGGUUAGAGAGUAUUUGGAAAGCUCAUUUUACUAUGUCUAUUUAGGCUUAUUUAUCAACUUGCUGAAGAUUGCUGAUGAGACCAAAAAGACAUCAUCUAAGGACUAAAUUUUGAACACUACUUCUUGCUACUGUCUCAUGUGGGUCUCUCUGGUAAGUGGUACUCCCAGGAACAACUGAUCACAAGCCUAUGAUGGCACCUCUAAAGAAAAAGUUGCUGUGGUAAGGUUUAGUUAUUGAUGUGGGUGAGGGAGAAAGAUUCUGGAAGUUAUUUAUUCACUUUUUAUUUCCAGUUUAUUUUGACAGAUAAAUGUCUCAGAUACUUUGAAUUUAAAUCUCUAUGUGUCAUCAGAAUAGGCUUAUAGAUUUAUUAGUUGAAGGCAUGGCUUUUUGUUCUUUUUUAGUGAGUUUACAUACCUUUCUCCCCCCUCAUGCCCCAGUUUCUUGCUACUGAUGCCUGUGGAUAUUAUUUUAAAAAAUGCUGUUUUGUUAUCUUUUCAAAUUGUGCUCCUAAAUCAUUUUAGUUUUAUCUUCAUGUCUUAUGUGUUUAGUCUUCUGCCAUUCCCCCUCUCCAUUGUUGAAUGAAUAAAUAUACAAAAAUGAA